AUGGAAGAAAUACAAUUCAAGUUGGAGCGCCCUACCGAGCGCAAGACGGUCGGCUACAAGUCAUGGAAGAAAAAGUACCGAAAGAUGCGCAUCGUGUUUGAUAGGAAGAUGCAAAGCGGCGAAGAGCUGCACAAGCAAGAAGCAAAGACGGCAACGACGGUGAAGCGCCUGGCCGUUGAAAAUGACCGCCUCCUCGACAUCCUCCUCGACAUCAACAACUCUGCCCAGAUCCCUCUUGACAAGCGCAUAGACGUGGCCCUCCCGCCGAACGACGACGCCAAGGCCCCAACGCUCGCCAUCGACCGCGACCACGCGUCGACAAAAGCCGCCGCCCUGAAGAAGCUCGAGGAGCUCCUGACGGCGGUGCCACACACCAGCUACGCCGCGGCCAAGGGCGCUCACGCGUCCCUGAUUGAGGACCUGACCGUGGCCGACGGCGAGUCGCACCCCGCCAGCUUCCUGACGGCCGACGACGUCGAUGACUACAUCUUCUCCGUGGACAACAGCCUCAACACCGACGCCCACCUCCCGACGCUCGCGCCCCGCGCCCACCCCAACAGCCACCUCGCCUCGCAUCCGCACCUCAAGAACCCGACCAGCGUCACCAACUGGCUGCGCAAGCACGCUCCCAAAAUCUUCCUCCAGGACGGUGAGGCGGCGCACCACGACGACGCCACCGCCGGUGGUGAUGCUGCCGAUGCCGCCGCCGCCGCCUCCGCCAGCGGCCACGGCAACGGCACCAGCGCUCGCAAGUCCCGCGGCGGACGCGCCGAACGCGGCGGCAAGCCCUCCGCCCGGAGUAAGCGCGCGAGCGGCGUGUCCUCUCGCGCGAGCAAUGUCGCCGCCGCCGCCGCCGCCGCCACGGUGGAAAAGAGCGACAAGGCCGGCGACGCGGACGCUAGCAUGGAGGAGGACCACGACCACGGCACGCCCGUCGGUCGCGGCAAGCGCAAGAGAAAAGACGACGCCGGAUACAGGCCGGGCGGCUCGGCCAGCAGGCCGGCCAAGAAGAAGCGCAAGAGCGACGCCGACGGCACGCCGAGCGGUCGCCGCGUGAAGAGGGAGGCUGCCGAGUAA